GCAGCUCAGCUCAGCCCGGCACGGCACGGCACGGCACGGCUCGGCACGGCUCGGCACGGCAUGGCCUGGCUCCUGCUGCUGGCCGGGGCCGCGCUCCUGGCGCCCGCCGCCUCCUCGGAGGUGAGCGCUGAAGAGGAGCAGCUCUUCAAGGCCUGGAUGCUGCAGCACGGGCGGCGCUACGGGCUGGGCGAAUACGAGCGGCGGCUGCGGGUCUUCGCGGGCAACAAACGGCGCAUCGAGGAGCACAACGCCGGGAACAGCUCGUUCCAGAUGGCUCUGAACCAGUUUUCUGACAUGACUUUCGCCGAGUUCAAGAAGCUGUACCUAUGGAGUGAGCCCCAGAACUGCUCGGCCACCAAAGGGAACUUCCUGCGAAGCGACGGGCCGUGCCCGGACACCGUGGACUGGAGGAAGAAGGGGAAUUUCGUGACGCCGGUGAAGAACCAGGGACCCUGCGGGAGCUGCUGGACCUUCUCCACCACCGGGUGCCUGGAGUCGGCCAUCGCCAUCGCCACCGGAAAGCUGCUCUCUCUGGCGGAGCAGCAACUGGUGGACUGUGCUCAGGCGUUCAACAACCACGGCUGCAGCGGGGGGCUGCCGAGCCAGGCCUUCGAGUACAUCCUGUACAACAAGGGGCUGAUGGGUGAGGACACGUACCCGUACCGGGCACAGAACGGCACCUGCAAGUUCCAGCCAGACAAGGCCAUUGCAUUUGUCAAGGAUGUCAUCAACAUCACGCAGUACGAUGAGGCCGGAAUGGUGGAAGCUGUGGGGAAGCACAACCCGGUGAGCUUUGCGUUUGAGGUGACGAGUGACUUCAUGCACUACAGGAAAGGAGUCUAUUCCAACCCACGAUGUGAGCACACUCCUGACAAAGUGAACCACGCUGUCCUGGCUGUUGGAUAUGGAGAAGAGGAUGGGCUUCCGUACUGGAUUGUUAAGAACUCUUGGGGCUCUCUGUGGGGCAUGGAUGGGUACUUCCUCAUUGAACGGGGCAAGAACAUGUGCGGUCUGGCUGCUUGUGCAUCUUACCCAGUGCCUCUGGUGUGAGAGCGGGCAGAGGAGGGAGAACGACUGAUGCUACAUGGAAUAAAUACUGAAAUGAAGGUGGGGAGAAGGAAGAAGUGCUGCCGUUCCUGAUGCGCAGGAGGAUCCAUCGGAUCGCAGUGAUUCUCGGGGCUGCUCCCCGUUACCACAGCCCUGCUCCAUAGACCGGCCUGUCCUGCCCCACAGACUGUGUCCAACCACCACACGCACUGCUGUGCCCUCUGAAUGUCUCUGCACGCAGUUGUUCGUUUCUCUAGAGGAAGAUCCGCGUUGUGAUUUUACCUGCCUUCAUUUCGCCUUUGUAGCAUUUCGUAAUAAAAACAAAUUGGGCCUUUCAGGUAUAGCGGCCCAGUGCUGCAACGGGGCCUCACAGAGCAGAAUAAAGCCGCCCUGUCCCGUU